UCUUCUUCUUUCUUCUUCAAGCGCUUGUGAAAUGACGAAUAUGCCCCCCACUCGCACCACUUGCGCCUCUCUUCUUCACGAAUUGCAGAUAAUAUGGGAUGAAAUUGGUGAGAGUGACAGCGAGAGGGAUCGGAUGCUUCUACAACUUGAGCAAGAGUGCCUUGAUUUUUACCGAAAGAAGGUUGAGAAAACAAGAAAGUACAAGGCUGAAUUGCAUCAGUCAUUGGCCGAGGCUGAGGCCGAAAUUGCCAAUGUCAACUCUGCUCUUGGGGAGCAUACCUCCUUUUCACGGGGAAGGGGCACUCUUAAGGAGCAAAUAUCUGCCAUAAAACCUAUUUUGGAGGAGUUGAGGUCAAAGAAGCAAGAAAGAAUUAAGCAAUUUUCAGAAAUACAGUCACAGGUUGUUCGGAUAUGUGCAGAAAUUGCAGGCAAUGGCCAAUCUAACAGUUCUGAUCCACAAGUUAAUGAAUGUGAUCUGACAGUGAGAAAGUUGGGGGAGCUUAAGUCACACCUUCAGGAACUUCAGACUGAAAAGAUUUUUCGAUUACAAAAGGUCAAUAGCCAUAUUAAUACUGUCCAUGAGCUGUCAGCGGUGAUGUCGAUUGAUUUUUCUAAGACACUAAAUGACGUGCAUCCAAGCUUAAGUGAUCCCUCGGGUAGUCAAUUAAAGAGCAUCAGUAAUGACACUCUUGCUAGAUUAACGGGUGUGGUCCACUCACUAAAGCAAGAGAAACAACAAAGGCUACAGAAGCUGCAAGGACUUGGGAGGACACUAAUAGAGCUAUGGAAUCUCAUGGACACACCAGUUGAUGAGCAAAAGGGAUUUGAACAUGUAACUAGCUUAAUUUCUUCCUCGCUUAAUGAGGUGUCAAGUCAAGGAUGCCUUGCUUUAGAUGUCAUUGAACAGAGUGAGGUUGAAGUUGAGCGAUUGAAUGCUCUGAAAGCUAGCAAAAUGAAGGAGUUGGUGUUUAAGAGGCAAAAUGAACUAGAAGAAAUCUACCGAGGGGUUCAUAUGGAUGUAGAUAGUGAUGUAGCGCGAGAGAUUCUCAGGAGCCUCGUAGAUUCUGGUAAUGUGGAUCUGUCUGAUCUUCUUUCAAGCAUGGAUGAUCAGAUUGCAAAAGCCAAAGAGCAAGCUCUAAGCAGGAAGGAUAUCUUGGACAAGGUGGAGAAAUGGAGAUAUGCAAUUGAGGAGGAGAAGUGGCUUGAAGAAUGUGAAAGGGAUGAAAAUCGCUAUAGUGCUGGAAGAGGAGCACACAAAAAUCUGAAACGUGCUGAAAAAGCACGGAACCUGGUCAGCAAAAUAUCAUCUAUUUGCGAGAAUUUGACUGCAAAAGUAAAAGCUUGGGAGAUGGAGAAAGGAAUUCCUUUCUUAUAUGACAAGGUUCCUGUCUUACAAAGCUUGGAAGAAUAUAGUGUGCUACGACAGGAAAAGGAAGAGGAAAAGCAAAAAUUUCGGGAGCAGAAACGGCUGCAAGAACAAUUUGCUGCAGAACAAGAAGCCCGCUUCCCCAUGGGUGGGAAAGAUCCUAAUUCAUUUCAUAGAAUGGCUGAGAGGGCAUAUGACGACUUCAUGAACCAAUUUCAACACAUAGAAAAUGUGUUUGAAAAUUUCACUUCUGAACAAGUUGCAAACAAUCUACUUCAGUUGAAAGCCUCAAUAGAUGUUGUUCGAGUGCUUGCAUUUCAAGGUAUUACUUUUAGAGGUCGGGAUGAAAGUGUGGGUUCAAAGAAUCGUGAAAAUUUUCUUGAAAUAUUGAAUUUGACGGUUUCAUAUAAUGAAAAGAUUGCUGAAGUGAUAGCUCAUGCUCCCAAAAAUGCCUCUUACACAUCACCAAUGAUACAGAAAGAAAUUUUACAUGUUUUUUCAACCAAAAUGAAAAAGGCAAUUUGUGAUGAAAUUGGUGAUGCAAAAUUUUGCAUACUUGUUGAUGAAGCUCGUGAUGAGUCAAUGAAGGAGCAAAUGGCUAUAGUUUUAAGAUUUGUUCACAAAGAUGGCUUCAUGUGA